AUGUAUUCAUUGAAAUCUAGAAAUCGGAAGAACUUUAGUCCGUUUCCUCAAGGUCUUCGUGUGGAAGGUAGUACUGGCGGUACCGGUACCUUCUUGAACGGAGCUCUUCAUUGGUUGGGUGGUAAAUACAAAACUGAUGGGCAGUAUUUGAGCAGUGUAGUUUCUUUUGAUUUAUCGACGGAGUCUUAUGUCAAAAUUUCCGCACCUCCGUAUGAUGGUAAAAGUGAUAGUGAUACGCUGCAUGAUCUGAAACUUGGAGUUUUAGGAGAAUGGUUCUGUGUGGUGUGUACUUAUAUGGAAAAGCAUGGGGAUGUGUGGGUGAUGAAGGAAUAUGGAGUGACAACCUCUUGGGUUCAAUUGUUUUCCAUACAAUAUCCACCCAUGAGAAGUUGGGAUGUAUUUUCUGCGCCUUUGUGUAUUUCAGAUGAUGGGAAAGUUUUGGUACAAUUCGGGUCAAAUUUGGUUCUGUAUGAUCCGAAGAGUCUUUCUGUCUCAGAGAUUCAAAGCUUUGAGGAAUGGAGUAAUGCAAUUACCUUUGUUGAGAGCUUGGUUUCACCUGAUUCCCACUAG